UGAUCUGUUUUGAUGCUGAUAUGUGUGUGUUUUGUUUUGUAAGUGUGACUAUAUAACUGACUAUACGUAAAAAAUCAAAGUUAUUUUUAAUAAAUGUGCGUUUAUGGUUGUCUAAUCAACUCUUUAUUGAGUGGAAAAAUCUUGACAGACCACGGAGAGAUUUAGCAGUUGAUAUUUUAUCAUAACCUAUUACUCAAAAUGGAGAGAUUUUCUGGUACUGUGGCGGUUGUGACUGGAAGCAGCGCAGGUAUUGGAGUUGCUAUUUCGAAAGAAUUACUUAAAAGAGGUCUGAUUGUGGCUGGAUUGGCAAGAAGAGAAGAUAAGCUGAAACUGUUAAAAGAGGAAUUAGAUAAGUCAGGUUAUAAAGGCAAGUUUCAUCCUAUUCAAUGUGACAUAACCAACGAGCAAGAUAUUAUAUCAGCGUUCGAGAAAAUUAAAACCAUCGGCAAACUAUCCAUCUUGGUUAAUAAUGCUGGUGUUCUACAGGUAGAGCGUGUUCAUGAAAUAAGUAGUUCCGCUUUUGAUUCAGUAUUCGAUACAAAUGUCAAAGGAUUAGUUUUCUGUGCUCAACAAGCUAUAAAAAUCAUGAAAGAGAAUUCAAUCCGAGGCCAUAUCGUAAACGUAUGCAGUAUCGCUGGAACUCCCAGUUGGGUACCAAAAUUACAGCUUGGGAUUUACUCAGCUUCCAAACAUGCAGUCAAAGUGAUUUCGGAUGCCUUACGCAGAGAGAUGAUUUUGGAAAAGACUAAAAUCAAAGUCACAAAUUUGAGCCCCGGUUUAGUGGAAACUGAUAUGACCGAAAAGUACCUACCUGAUGAUCCUGAUGAGUACAUAAGUGCUCAAGAUAUCGCCAAUGCUUGCAUAGCUGUUUUGGAUACUCCACCUAGCGUUGUGAUAUCAGAGCUGACAGUGUUACCAAUAAAUGAAAUAGUGUAAAAAUAGGAACAUUACAUGCAUUUAAUCACUAUUAUAAUCAUAUGUUCAUUAUCAGGAAUAAUUAUUUGAUAACUUAUACCUAAUUAAAUUUGAUGUACCUA